AGUAACUACCUAUCGGCAUCAUCGCUUCUCUCUCUCUCUCUCCCGCAAAAACGAAGCUAUAAUGAACAACAUAUGCGGAAGAGAGAGACGAAGCGAGCGCCGAGUUAUCCGACAGCCGACUACUAAGGCAGCGGCCAGUGUAUAGUAGUAGUAUACAACAAACAGUAGCACAGCGUUGUAGAGUGAAUCGGAGGAGUAGAGUAUAGAGUGUAGUACGGGCGAAGAAAGAGAAGGCGAGUAGUGUAUAUACGGAAGAUGUCACGUCUCCGAGUACAUAACGGUGCAGCAGUGCCAGCAGCAGUGAGCAGUCGAGGAGCGUAGUAUAGUGUCGCGAGGGACAAUCGGCUGCAUGGGCCUUUCCCUUUUCGGCAGCUCCGAACGUACAUACAAGCGCCGCCGUUUUGCGGAGCCAGCGAGAAUUCCCCGACAAUAAUGCCAGGUUUGUAGAGGUUUCGCUUUACCGCUCUGGAGAAAAGUUUGCUGAUUAAUCAGGCAACUGGUAAACCUGCAUAGAUGCAAGAAUGAAAGCUGCUCCAAAAUGAUGUCGAGCUAUAAUAGGAAUGCAACCACCCAGCGAACAGCAGCGGUGAUUGACUAUGACCGGCAGUUCCAAGAGGAUUUGGAGCGGGCACAGGCCCUCAGUUUAGAGAGUUUGGCAUUAGAAAAGUUUCGACUGCAAAAGCAACAGACUCAAUAUGGCAAUAAUUGCACUCUUGAAACUCACAUCAGUCAGAGCACAAGCUCUACUACUAUCACUAGUAGUAACACGUCUGAAACUGAUGGUUCCAUCAAUGAAAAUAAAUUUCAAUUGAGGAGCAGACCCAGGCCUGGUAGCAAUACAAGCCAAUCUAGAAAUGCAAUGAUUGUACAAAUUCAGCCUCCUCCAGUUCCAUGUAGGAGAAACUCGGCAACGAAUCAGACUCAAUCCGCUGAUUUAAUUAAUUUCACAAGUCCUGUUAAGCAAGAUAGUUUAUCGGAAUAUUGCUGUGCUCCACCUCCAUUGCCUUCAAAAAAUAUAAUAGAACCAAAAUGGGAAAAUCAUCCAGCACUACUGAGAAAAAAUUCUCGCGUAUCAAGAAGCAAUAGUUCAGCAGCGGCAUAUCAGACUACUGACUUCAGAUAUAAUCAUUCAGCUCCUAUACCUGGACCAAAAUGUUCAACUGCACCUUGCACACCAGGAACACCUGGAAUCAGUCCUGUUUUAACGAGAACUAGCAAUGUUAGCAACAAUAUACCUGAUAUUGUUCCACAGCCUGCCUGGAAUCCAUACACUUUUAAAACUUAUAUACUUCAGAUUCCACCAUUGCCAGCGAAUUACCGACCGGCAAUCGCACCUCCACCGCCGGCGGUGCCGAACAACGUUCCGCAGUUAACGUAUCCGACGCCGGACGACAAGAAGCUGAGUGUCUUGAAGGUCAUCGAAAAGAAACCCAACAGCAAUUUAAUAGACUUAAGCGUCUUCGAGCACAUUGAGGAUAAAACGAACGUUCGAGUGAGUGUCCUUGAGGCGUUCGAUCCUCUUCUAAUUAAAACUUUCAAGACUGAUGAGCCCAGGGAAGAAGCUGCUGCCACCAAGGGUUCUACCGAUGAUACCAGUUCACAAAUGGAAGGAUCUGUUUAUGAUCCUUUUGAUCCAUUUGAUUACAUGUACAGCACAAGCGAAACCGUCAAUUCAGAUCCAGUAUAUGCGGCCGUUGAUAAGUCGACGAAAUCACCAGCAGUAUCCCCAGCAGCGCCUCCACCCUUACCACCUAGAAAUUCGUCUGCCUGGAAUACGAUUGAAAGAAGGAGAACUUCUUUGGAUAGAAGACAAAAAAGGCAGACUCGAUUGUACGAAAAUGUUAACGUGGUCAAAGCAAGGGCCUCAUUGCACGACUGCGAUUUAGUAGCUUUUCACAAGAUGGUCAAAUCAGUUAGAGGAGAAUUUCCGUUCAACGAUCCAAGUACGAAUAUCGGACACGUUAUUAGUCCAAUGAUGGAAAGUUCGUAUCCUGAAAACACCAGUAUAAAGUUAAUAGUGCAUUCAAAAAUGUCGAGUGAGGGAAAAGAUUGCACGCCGUCCAUAUCAUUUACGUGCGACGUUAACUGUAGCGUAGAACACGUUAUUUUCAACGUGGCUUGUUCACUUGAGGAUGAAGACACGGUUAAUGCCGAAAAGUACUGUCUCAGAGUUUGGGGGUUGGCGGAAUAUUUGGCUCCUAAUACCACUAUCGCACAAUAUGAAUACGUCCACCAAUGCAUUAAGCUAGAAAAGGAUAUAGAAUUAGCUCUUGAAACGAAAGCUCAAAUGAAGGUAUCAAUCGCAAGAACUUUACAAGAUGAUAAUAGAGACCAAUGCCUUAAAUUAGAGGAUAUUCUGCCUAACGAACCUUUACAACCCAUUUCCUACGAUACGCUUCUUAUUUUAUUGGAAACUGUCGAAAAAGAAAUGGAACGAGUUGAAAGUACGGCAGCACAAUUAGCAACAUCAAGUCACGGCUCGAGUCUUCUUCCUCAGCUGCAACCGCGAGGCGUCGUACAAACUGUGAAAGCAGUUUGCGCACUAAUGGGCAACAUCGAGACGUACGAAAUCACCGAAGCAGUCGAUAACUUUGUGAACGCAUGCUGCAAAUUUUUACCGCAGAUGCAUACCGCAAAUAUCGAAUGUAAGAAACCUGAAAUCCUUCACGAAGACGGUGAUUACUCGGUGGUUACACUUAGAACCAAAUUCCCGGAUGUUAUAUCGACACAUUGUAACAAAAUUAGAGACGCGGUACAGGAUCUUGUCGAGACAUACUGUCAUGCUUUCAGAGUUGACUUUCAACUCAGCAGUCGAGGAGAAUAUCCUACAAAUACUUUAAUCUCUUCUCAAGUGAUAGAUACAGUUUUAGUAAGAGUUGGCGCGCUGCACAGAUUGCCGAGCUCAUGGAAGCAUGACGACUACAUUGUAGCUGCGCAAAUUUUUCACGGUACUAGACCAGUUGGUAAUCCCGUACUAUCCGAACCAAUGACUGCUGGUCACUCUAAUUUUUAUCCAAAAAUUUUGUUCAAUUCAUGGCUGGAAUUCCGAGGAUUGAGUGUGUGCCAAGUUCCAAGGGAAGCUCGAUUGGUGCUUGUAGUGUAUGGUCGAACCCAGCAGCCAGUGGAUCACGAAUCAAAUUCAGCUGAAAGCUCUAUGGAAAAGGAGGAGCUGGGAUGGGGCGCUAUACAAUUUUUUGACUAUGAUGGGGUAAUGAGCCAAGGAAGCUUUUUCUUAUCGCUUUGGCCAGCUGUCGCUGAUAAAAGAUUGGGUCCUGCGCCGGCCCCUGGGAUUCAUCCGCACGGCGAUACGCAUCCCAUCAUUGGCUUAGAACUUCCAGAUUAUGGUGGCAAAGUGCUAUUUCCGACAGAGCUACGCGAUCACGACAUUGAAUCUCUCGAUUUCAAUUCAUUGGAUCGAAACACGCAAGAACUGCUCACGUAUAUUACAGAACAAGAUACUUUUUCGAGACCGCCAAUCGACGAACGAGAAAUCUUAUGGGAGAAAAGGCAUUACUUACACGAAAAGCCUGAAGCAUUACCAAAAGUUCUUCUGGCGGCUCAUAGCUGGGACUGGGCAUGCUUGCCUGAUUUACAUGCUUCUCUUCGAGUCUGGAGUCCGCUUCCGCCAGUUCAAGCUCUUCAAUUACUAUUGCCAUGUUUCCCAGAUAUGAAAGUUAGAGAAUUAGCUGUUAGUCGAAUACGAGAGUUAACUAACGAUGAGUUAGUUGAUUACUUGCCUCAAUUGCUUCAAGCGCUCAAACACGAAACAUAUGAAGCAUCGCCACUCGCAAGAUUUUUAUUAGAAAGAGCUUUAUUGUCGCCUCGUGUAGCACAUCAUAUUUAUUGGUUGUUGAAUCAAGCUUUACCCGGUCAGAGCCCUCAGAAUUCUUCGGAAAUUUCUUUGGGAGACGACAAGAGUUUAAGUUUUGCUCGAUAUCAUCGAAGAUUACAAUUGAUGCUUCGUGCUCUACUUGCAAUCAUUGGCGAUGCUUUGCGAAAUAGUUUUAUGGCGCAACAAUUCCUUGUUAAAAAUCUUCAUGAGGUCGCAGAAAAUAUCAAGACAACCAAAGAAUCGUUAAGGCUCGAGGCACUCAAAGUUGGUUUACAAAAUAUAAACUGUCAAUUAGUCGAAGACGAAGGAACGUGCUUACCCCUGUCUCCAAGUCGACAAGUCAUCGGGAUCAAUGUUCAAACUUGUUCUUACUUUCCUUCAUUUACGUUACCGUUAAAAAUAAAUUUUGUUGGAUGCGAUAAUGACACAAGUCCUGCAAUUUUCAAGGUCGGCGAUGAUCUACAGCAAGACAUGUUAACGAUCCAGAUGGUCCGUAUAAUGGACAAACUUUGGCUUAAGGAAGGACUUGAUCUCAAAAUGGUUACAUUUGCAUGCGUGCCUACGGGAUUCAAGCGAGGCAUGAUCGAGAUGGUAACCAAUGCCGAGACUCUGCGUAAGAUCCAAGUAGAAUUUGGUCUUACUGGAUCGUUCAAAGAUCGACCGAUAGCCGAAUGGCUGGCCAAGCACAAUCCAUCGGAACUAGAAUACGAGAGAGCUGUGGAGAACUUUACGGCUUCCUGUGCAGGCUACAGUGUAGCAACGUAUAUUCUGGGUAUCUGUGAUAGACAUAACGACAACAUAAUGUUAAAAACCUCAGGGCAUUUGUUUCACAUUGAUUUUGGCAAAUUUUUGGGCGAUGCACAGAUGUUUGGUAACUUCAAGAGGGAUCGAACUCCGUUUGUUUUGACUUCAGAUAUGGCAUACGUUAUUAACGGAGGAGAUAAACCUUCGGCAAAGUUCCAUCAUUUUGUAGAACUGUGUUGCCAGGCGUUCAACGUAGUCAGAAAACAUGGAAAUUUAAUCUUACAUCUAUUUGGUUUGAUGACAACUUCAGGCAUACCAGGUGUCACGAUGGAUGCUGUGAGUUACGUCCAACGCGCACUGCUACCCGGCCAGACGAAUCCAGAGGCGGCAGCAACAUUUGCCCGGAUGAUCGAGAGUUCACUCAAGAGUUGGUUCACCCAGUUUAACUUCUUUCUUCACAACUUGGCGCAGCUCAGAUUCUCCGGCGAACACAACGAGGGCGAAUUGCUGUCGUUCAUACCUCGUACCUAUACAAUGCAACAAGAAGGGCAACUGACAAGUGUGCAGGUUCACGGAUACCAAAAGAGAUACGAUCCGGAGAAGUAUUACAUGUACAUUCUGAAGAUCCAAAGAAAGGGCCAGACCGAUCCUACCUACCUCUUUAGGUCGUACAAGGAGUUCUGCGAAUUCUAUCAGAAGCUGUGCAUACACUUCCCUCUUGCCAAAGUAGCCAGUUUGCCCAGUGGAAUGAGUGUCGGACGAUCCAACAUCAAACAAGUUGCUGACAAAAGACGCGCCGAUAUAGAAAAGUUCCUUUCGAGUCUUUUUAAAAUGGCUCCGGAGAUUUCGCAAAGCGAUCUCGUUUACACGUUUUUCCAUCCACUAUUGCGGGAUCAACAAAAUGCUGACAUUCAUCUUAGAAAAGUCAAAGUGGGAAAUUGGUGGGUAGAAAAGAAAGUCAGAGAAAACGUCCAAAGUGGCCAGAUAAAGUUGUCUCUUCACUACACUCGCGGUACGCUAUGCGUGAUGGUCUAUCAUGCCCGAGGAUUACCAAAAGUUGCGAAUGCCCAAGAGCCCAACACCUACGUUAAAGUAUACUUGAAGCCAGAUCAAACAAAAGCCACAAAGCGCAAGACCAAAGUUGUGAAGAAGAACUGCCAUCCGUCCUUCAUGGAAAUGUUGGAAUACCGGAUGCCGCUAGAAGUAAUCAAGGAUAGAACGUUGGAGGCAACAAUCUGGAACCAUGACACUCUUCAGGAGAAUGAAUUUUUAGGAGGCGUUCGCUUACCGCUCAACCGAAUAGAUCUAACGAAUGAAAUAGUCGAAUGGUUUCCGCUGGGCGGCCUUCGAUAAAUAACUGCAAUCGGGCGGCAGUAUUCAAGGUCUGUUCUUUUUUUAAUAAGGCUGUGGUGAGAUUUUGAAGAUGAUGAUCAUGAUGAAGACCUAGAUUUUUUUUGUACGAGGUUUAAUUGAUACGCACAAAGCUGAGAUACGGAAAUCAACGAAUGAUCGCACCAAGUAAACAAAUAGAAAUGAAAAUGAUAUUUUAAAUCGCGUGAUACAAUCGUUGUUUAUGCACGAUUCCAUCACAUUUUAUACAUGUAUUUAAAAACAAACGUGCAAGCUACUUUAACGCUUAGUGGAAUUAUGUAAUUGUGAUUUAUACAAAAAGAAAGCUUAUAUACUGCGAAAGAAUUUUACGCAUCCGUUCAAGUAAGAUGAAUUUUGUAAGUUUGAAUCUAAUUAAUUUAUUCAAAAUGCUUCGAUUUCUUUUUUUACGAUAUAUUAUCGGAAAUAAUGAAUUGUACAUAGAUUUUUCAAUAAUGAAUUUUUCACUGCUUUAGUAGCGGUAGAAUUGUAGUCUUAAUAUUAAGGCUGCGAUUAUGAGUCCAAAAAGCGAUAUUUCUCACUCGUAAUUUUUAAUAUAUUUUAAAAGUAUAUUGCCUACAAGUAUGCACGUCUUGAUACCAAAAUGUCCUCGCGUUCUGUAUGUACCGUAGCCUUUACUUUUAACCCCAAAAGUAUAUAAUGUAUUAUUAAUAUAUUUUAUUUGAACCGUCUUAUUUUGUCACUACCAUAUACACUUAUGGUUAAUCAUUUUUGUAAAUUUUAGUUUUAUCAUUUUCUAGCACUAUUAUAUGAUUUCUAUUCUAAUUGCUAUAUAUCAUCAUCAUCCUCAUUAUUUAGAAUAUUAUAAUAUUAUUUUGCGCUCUAUAUAAAGAACUGCGUUUAUGUAUUAUGAUAUCUGAGCAAUGAAUCACAUUUGUAUGUCAUUUAUUUUUGUCGAUCCAAUUAAAUGAUGAAUAAAUUUAAUACUUUGUAUGU